AUGUCUGUUGGAGAAGACCAAGGAACAGAAAGCACAGUGAUACAGCAAAGAAGCAGAUGUGAGAGAAUGAGGACUUCAUGGGAAGAGGAAUGGGGCCCAGGCAACAAAGACAGAGGAGAUGGAAUAGUGAAGUGGGUAGAGGUGGUCCAGGUGGUAGUAAGUGACUUGGCUCUCAUACAUUCUCUCCCUCCCUCUCCUGAGCACCUUCUGCCAGACGUCCACCUCUCUGCCUUAGCUACGUACAUCAUUCUCCUGGUGCCCAUCACCCUCUCUGUUCUGUGUUGUUCCCCCACCCCCAACUUUUUGCUCCUAUGGAUUGCCUUCUGUGGUUUCCUGUAA